AUGAUGAAUUCAUACGCAGACGAUAAUGUACAAGUUAUGAACAAUUCAGAUGAUGUACUUCAAAACGCAGAAAUGAAUGAUUCGACUUCAGGUCACAAUGUGAAUGAUGGUUAUAGAAAUAAUAAUAAUGUAGAUGAUGAAUAUAGGAAUGGAGGGAGUUACUAUGAAAAGGAAAAUUACCAAGCAGGAUACGAUGUAGAUAAUAAUCAUAGAAAUGAUUCUAAUGAUCGAAAUGACUUAGCACAAGGAGCUUGUGGUGACAAUUAUAUGUAUGACAUGAACUUUAACAACAAUUCAAAUAAAGAAUUAUUGUUAAAUGUAGAUAAGAAAAAGAAAAAAAAUAAAUACGAUAACAUGUUCAAUGUAAAAAAUGAAAAGAAAGGUGAAGAAAUAAAAGACAUUCCUUACUGCUCCUUCAACAAUUUUGAGGAAGGUGCACUUGGAAUAGGAGGAGCAGCAGGUGUAGGUGCAGCAGCGAUGAUAAUGAAUAAUGAAGAAGAUCUAAAUGAGAGUAAUGAUUACAAUUCAUUUAAUAAAGAGAAGUUGAAAAAAAUGGAUAGGAAGAAAAAAAAGAUACUUGAAAAGAAUAAGAAGAAAAAAAAGGAGGAUAGUAAUAAUAAUAAUAAUAGUACAUUAGAUGACAAAAAGUUUAGUGAAGUGUAUAAUUCUAUAUAUGAAAAUUUAAAGAAAAAAAAAGAAAUUAAACAAAACAAUAAUGAAGGUAAUUAUACAAAUAAAAAUGAUUACUACGAAAUCAAUUACAAUUCUUCAGAUCAAGUUAAUUCUGUAUCAAGUGUAGAUGAUGAUUCUCUUUUUAAUGAUGAUGUUUUAAAAAAAUAUAUUAUUGGUCAGGUGUUAAAUAUAAUAAGAACAUCAUUCCAUUGGGCUAUUACUUCUUUUUUUUUAAUAUUUUUAUUUGAGCAUUUUUCAAUAUUUUAUGUAUAUAGGUUAGUAUCAUUUCUUACCUUAUUUUUAUUUACCCCUGUAUCUAUAUAUUUAGUAAAGAAAAGGAGUAUAAAAUUCUUUUUAAUAGCAACCAACACAGUUCGGUUAGUUAUAUGGGGAUUCUGUAUACCGUUCUUAUAUACGCUUUAUACAGAUGAGAUAAAAAAGUAUUACAUAAACCGGUUUUAUGAACUGAUUUUUGCCAUAUUACUAAUUGUUGACAACAUACAAGUGAAUAUAUCAAAUUUAAUUGAUAUUGAUAAUAAUGGUAUAGAUUUUUUAUCCAAAAAAUAUGACCUCAAGAUUAAUGAGAAGGCAAAAAGGAAAUUCCUCACAUUACAUCAGUUUUUCUUCGAUGCAUCUUUUAUAGUUGUAAACCCAUUGAUUAUUUUUAUUAUGUACUUGUUCAGCAAUUUUUUUAAUGAUAUAUAUCUUAGAGACGUUUUUGUAUAUUUGUCUUCUUUCAUUUUUGCUGUCAUAACGAUUAUAACAUUAGUUGUAUAUGCAUCAGGUCUAGAACAAGCAGAGAGAUCAUUAAGGAGGAAUAGCACUAAUGACCAUAACUACCAAUCACAAAAUACAGUAGAUAGUAUUGAAGACGGAAAUGAAGAAAAGGAUUAUAACAAUGAAAACGAUUUUGAAAGAUAUUAUGAAAAACAAAAUAAUAAAAAUGAGAAAUAUGUAACGUAUAAUAACUAUCCUAAUAUAUAUAAUGACCAAACGAAAAAAUACUUAACUGAUAGAUCACAUGUUGAAUAUGAUCAUUAUAAUAAUAAUAAUGAGUUGUCACUUAAUGAUCAGUAUAAAAAGCAGUUUUCAGAAUUAUAUAAUAAUAUUUUACGUAUUAAAAAUGAGAAGACGUUGCUAUUUUAUAUUUGUUCCUUGUCUUAUUUAAAUAGUGUAGAGGAUAUAAUGAUUCUAAUGCUCAUUCCGUUAACGUCUAUCUAUGUGUCAGAGUUUUUUUACAUAAACAACAUAUUCCUUCAGGUUGUUGUUGCAGUUAUAUUGAUAUCGUUGACAAAGUGCUUUGAAAACAUAUCUUACUAUUCGAACAAAAAGAACAUCAUAGCGCUCAAGGACAUUUUUAUAGGAAUCAUCCUAUCGGGAGCCUCCUUAUUGUUUUUUUUCUUCCCCUUUUUGAUGAUAAAUCGUUUGAACAUUUACAGCUUUUUAAUGUUCUACAUAAUUUGUUGUUUAUUCUACUUUUUUUUCUCAACGAAUCUUAAGACAACGCUGUCGCUAAACUUGCAGAAAUACGUAAAGGAGUCGAAGUCAGACAUUUACAAUUUCGUCGGACUGUUCAUGUCAUUUGUUAAUUUAAUAUUUGUCAUUUUAACCUCCUUCUUUUUGUCAAUAUUGGAUAAUUUUGUUAUUAACUAUGUAAUUAUAUGUUUCUUUUUAAUUUUGCUAUUAGGCCUGUUUUAUUUGUGGGCGCAUUUUACCUUAAGAAAGGGCAAUAAUUAG